CUGAGACACGGGUGGGAGGGGCACCCAUCAUCUCAUUCACAUCUACUAUCUAUCUCACCGCCAGCAGACUGAUUGAUUUUGCAACGACAAUACACCGAGCAGCCUCGAGGGCUUACAGUCAUUCAAGGGUCUCAGCUCUUUUUUUUUUCUUUUUUCUGCAAAAUCACGAUCCCAAUGUCUUCGCUGCCGGACUGGCGAGAUGAGUAUCUCGCGUCCAUCAAAGAAGCAGAGAAGAACAGUCCCGUCAAUCGCGACCUCGUGGAAGCCUGCUCUCAACUCCAAGACCGGGUUGCUGCCCUCGAGGCGGAGAGGGAUGCGCUAAAAGCAUCAGGAGCCUCAGCAGGCCAGUCCGCCUCCGAUCCAGCCUCUCAAAGCGGAGACGCUGCACAGUCGGCGGUCGUCGCGAGGCUCAGGCUGGACCUCGCCGAGGCCCUCGGGACCCAGGAGAGGUUGCAGUCUCGGCUGGGCCUGGCCGAGUCUGAGCUCGAGAGGUUGCGAGCCAAGACGGCCGAGGACGCAAAGACCAUCCGUACCCUCAACACCCAGUGCGUUUCCUUGAGCACCAAGGUGAAGGAUCGGAACGAGGAGCUUCAGGGGAAAUCCAAGCUGGUCGAGAACGUCCAAGACGAGUUGAUCGCCCUCACACUCCAGUUGAAUGUCAUGGAGCAACAAAAGGCCAAGAUACAAGCGGAAAAUGACCAGCUCGUCGAGCGCUGGAUGAAGAGGAUGGGCCAGGAGGCAGAGGCCAUGAACCUGGCCAACGAGCCGAAAUUCGCCAAACGAGGAUGAAUCAAAACUUUGACUGGUCAGGCAGGCAGAUAUUUGUUUCAAAUGCUCAAAUUCGGUCUGUCUGGUAUCCUAACCCUCAUCACAAAUAUCCCCCACCAGCUCGCUGAGCACAGGACUCAUUUUCGCGUCGAGAUGCAAAACUGGCCGCCCGCGCCAGUCCAGCUCACGUAACCCUCCGGGUAGGACAGCCGCUCGACGUCGAGGAUGCUACUCCCAACGUCGUUUGCCGCGUUCUUCUGCUCAUGCACAAAGCUCUUAAGCGACACAAUCUUGCAACCCUUCCUCAAGUCGAGGAAUAUUCGGACUAGGUCGUCGUUGAGCUGAGCGGUAAAGGCCUGGUUGUUGACAAGUACAACAUCGGCCCGCUUGAGCGCCGAGAGUGUCCUCUCGUUGGUCCGAAAGUCGCCCCUUUCGAGGCGAACCUUGCCGGGUGCUAUGCCCCAGAGUCGACACCGUGCCGUAAACUCUUUCUUUUGCGCAUCGGCCAAGUUGCAGGCGUUCUCCAUCAUCUCGCAGCCCCAGCUUUCGCACCCAAUGUCGAGUGCUGCCUGCAAGACUACAUUGCCAACCCCGGAGCCCAAGUCAACAAACACCUGAUCAGACCUCAUUUUCAACCUUUGAACCAGUAUUUCACUGAUGAACGGAUGCAGCAGCUCUCCGUACACAUUGUCGGUACCGUUCUCGUAUUUGGCUAGCAGUUCGACUCGCGGGGCAACAGUUCGGUCGUAGACCUGCUGGAGGAUAAGCUGGACGAGGUUGAACGGGAGGAGAUGCCGCUUGGCCAGGUUGCGAGCUAUCGCGCCGCUCUCUUGCAGCUCCCUGAGACGUAGAUUGUAUUUAUCUAGAGCAGCGCGGAACGCCUUGUAGUCUUUGAGGUUGGAGGACCUUUCCAGUUGCCGUAUCAGACCGUUGUUCGCGUCGGUGAAUGGCCGUGCUUCGUUUUCGGUGAGAUAUGUAUCAACCACACAGUUGAUAACGUGUUUGAUUUCUUCGACGGCGUCUAUCAUAUCCUUGCCUGAGACCAGUUCAUACCUGCAAUGGUUAGACAGAAUAUAGUUAGUAAGCAGCGCAUGACCAUAGGAAAUGCAGUUCCGUGCGA